AUGCUACGGAGAUUCGACAAUGAUUAUUAUCAUGCAGGAAUGUCGAACUUCAACGUGAAUAAUAUUAAAUAUCCAUGCAUAAAUGUCAACUGCAACAGCGUUUUCAAGGACGAAAAUACUCUGCGCAAGCAUGUUAAAUAUAUCUGUGGAAAACCGCCUAGAUAUCAGUGCGGGCAUUGCAAUUAUAGAUCGCAUUGGGCGCCAAAUGUGAGGACUCAUUCAAAGGCACUGCACAGUGAUGUCGAGCCAGAUGUUAUCGAACUGUACAAUCCGUACCCUGAUGAAAUAGGGACAUAUGUCUAUACAAAAUUUGAAUGGGUGGACGUUAAUGCCUAUCGCAGAACAAGACUAUUGAAGAAAACAAAAUCUAAAUUGAAGUGUCCGAAUUGCGACAGCCUUUUUAGUAACAAGAAAGGCUGGAGUAGCCAUGUUAAAUUUCAAUGUGGAAAACCUCCGAGAUACCAAUGCUCGUACUGCGCUUACCGUUCCCACAAGUCGUCAAAUGUAAAAAAACACUCAAAAAGAAUGCACAAAGAUUUGGAGUCUAAUGUCAUUGAGUUGUACAACCCCUGUGUCAAAAAGGGAGACUUUAUUUGUCCGAAUAAAAAUUGCCAGCGGGUUUAUAAAUUGGCAACAAGUUUGAAAACUCACCUCAAGUAUGAGUGCGGCAAAGAACGGCGCAUUAAGUGCUUCGUAAUUCCUCGAGGAAAAAUAAGACUGGGAAAUGUAAUAACUUCUGUAGCCGGAAGACCGGGAACAAAAUCGGAGUUUUUGUAUUGUCCGAACGCUAACUGCCAGAAAGUAUUUCAACAUGAGGGAUCACGAAAUAAACACGUGAAAUAUUACUGCGGGAAACCUCCGAGAUACAUGUGCCCUCACUGCCAAUAUAAGUCUGUAACAAAAUACAAUAUUCUUCUUCAUGCGAAGCGAAUUCACCCGAAUCUCAAGACUAAUGUUAUCGAACUUUACGACAAACCCACAACAAAAUCCUGCAAUUUCCAGUGUCCGAACUGCAAUCGCAGAUACAUGCGGAAAGAUAAUUUGUUUUAUCAUAUUAAAUAUGAAUGCAAAAGACCUUCGUUUACAGAGCUGACGCAGAUUAUUUGGGUGACCGAAGAUCACAGCGAAAAUUUUAACCCAGAGCGAUCCGAUUUACAAAUAGAAGCCGUCAAGUACGCAUGCCUGAAUCCGAACUGCACGAAAACUUUUAGCGAUAAGAGCAAUCGCAAUACUCAUUACAAUUACCAGUGCGGAAAACCCCCGAGGUUCAAGUGUCCUUAUUGCAAUCAUAGGUCACAUCGCAAGGCCGAUCUCAAAGCUCACGUCAGCGCCAGACACUACGGGCUCAAAAAUUACGUCAUUGAGUUGUACAACCCUUGCAAAAAAAUUUACACUACUAAACUUAGUUCAAAAUCAAGAGUCCAAAGUGAUUACCAGGAUUCAAUUGCGCAUCUGCAAUUUAAUUAUAAAAGAAACCAACAGGAUUACGUGGACGGAGAAGACGACGGUCAGUAAGAAGUAUUCCCGGGCUCACAAAAGGUUAUUACUUCUGUCCCAAUGACAAUUGCGGUAGAAGUUAUAAAGCCAAAGGAACUUUAUUGA